CCGAAGGGUCACAUACGUGGCGUUCGUUAGGAUGCAAAAGCUGACAAUUAUGCCUGCAGGUCUGCUAUGUGCAUCUAUAAGUGUAUGUACAGCCAAAGAAGAGGAACCCAAAAAGCAGCUAAUAAAACCGGAGCAGCUCCCCAUGUAUACUGCACCACCUCUCCAGUCCAAGUAUGUUGAAGAGCAGCCUGGUCAUUUACAAAUGGGCUUUGCUUCUAUCCGCACUGCAACUGGUCAUUAUAUUGACUGGUGCAAGGGUGUUUAUGUUUUUGCGAAAAAUGGGAUAAUGGAUACAGUACAAUUUGGAAAAGAUGCAUAUGUCUAUCUGAAGAAUCCACCUCAAGAUUUUCUUCCAAAAAUUGGAGUGAUUACAGUUUCAGGAUUGACAGGCUUGGUUUCAGUGAGAAAAGGUUCUAGAUUUAAGAAAAUUGCUUAUUCUCUGGGACUGGCCACUUUAGGAGCAACUGUCUGCUAUCCAGUUCAGUCAAUAAUAAUUGCAAAGGUAACUGGGAAUAAAGCCUACACUGCAAGCCAGCAAAUUUAUGAAGCCAUUAAAUCAUUGUGGACAAAAGGCAACAAAAGAGAAUCUCUCCCUAAUUCUAAAGAAAAAACUAAGCUAGAAAGCUGUACUCAAUUAGAAAUACCUGCAGUGACAUAUCAAGACUUGAAACGUUCAGUGCCUUUGCCAACAGACCUCCGCUUGGAAACAAAUACCAAAUUAAAACCCACCUCAGGUGCUACACAGUUUAUGCCUGACUCCAAGCUCAUGGAUCACGGGCAGUCCCACCCAGAAGAUAUAGAUAUGUACAGCACUAGAAGUUGA